AUGGAGCUUAGCCAUCUUAUCGUUGAUGCUAUAUGGCGCCCAAGCUUCGUCCUGAAGUACCAGGAACUACAAGAUCAUCUCCAGCCCCCUACCGGUCGAGUUGGCCCUGCUUCGUGGGAUAGUUCUUUUCUCAACCCUCGAAAUCGGGUUGACACCCUUGACACGACGUCUUCCCGGUGGCGGAUAGACGGAGCCACCAUAUGUGGCACUUGUUUAUAUGCUAUCCCGCUCGACCUUCUUCCAAGCUUGCCGCCCCUGGGGAUCUCGCUCUAUAUCUCUGACCAAACCGAGUAUACCGCUGCAUUGCGCCAAAGCCUCGACGCAUGUACCGGUGUACCACUUCGAGAUGGAAAGGCUAUUUCGCGGCUUGGUUUAGCAAGGCAUCUCUGCCGUGCACUCGACCAUCAUUGUGCUCAAGACGCCCAGUUCCUGGAAAAAUAUCUCAAUCUACCGUUUGGCUCGAAGCUUAUUUUCGAGGAUAUUACUCCAGAUGUUGCGGAUAUGAGGCUAGAUGUUGAGCGGGACUACCACGUUGAAACCAAUAUGAAGACCUGCCAGUCUCUUCUGCAGGUGUGGCCUGAUAUUGCACCAGAGCUUUGGCCGCCGAUCGUCGACAUAAACGGGCUGCGCCUUGUUAGACAGCUCAACGAGGCUGUAAUGUUGGUGGAAACUGCUGGCAAAGAACUUGCCAUUUUCAAGUCGGCCACCAGUUCGCUGCCUCAUACAUACCACGAGCUUCGCUUUCUGCUUACCUGCCCGCCGCACCCCCACGUCAUGCCUCGGCCCCUAGCUGUUGUGACCAAAAGAAGUUUAUUCGGUGGGAAGCAUGGUGUAGUCGGCUUUCUACUUAAGUACUUUCCGAGUGGUUCGCUCCGUGAUAUUCUCCCCACUCGACAACGUGCCGGCACUCUGUCUAGCUCUAUCAAGCUGCGAUGGUGCCGCCAAGUGUCUUCGGCACUCGCUCAUCUUCACGAAAUGGGGACAUUUUAUUCAGACCUGCGACCUGACAAUGUGUUGCUGGACUGCGAAGAGAAUGCGGUACUCUGCGAUUUUGAGCAGCGAGGUAACUGGUAUGAAUGGUGUGCUCCUGAGGUUCUGUACCGACAAUAUGCCGAAAACAUCCGAGCGCGUCUCCCUGAUCGUGUGAUCAACUCUCCCUACGACCGCCUUCUUAAGGGAUACGCACAGAUACACUCGCUGUCUACCUCGGCAUGCUAUACCUCUGCGGAGAACCCAGUCGAGACGCGAAAUCGCGCUUGGUUCGCUUUACCACCGAUUGCACGAGAAAAGGCUUCUGUGUACACUCUUGGGCUCUUCAUUUACUCUGUUUUCGAGGGCUUGAGCAACGUUCGCCGUAACGUGGCAAACCAGUUUCCCAUCGAACCGGAAGUAGAGUUCCCAACUUUCCAGCAAACUCCACAAGUAAUUAUGAAAAUUAUCCAGGAUUGCACAGUUGACACACCAGACUGGCAAUCAGCGCGUAUGCAAUCCGAACAGUCACGAAUUGUACGGGUGAACGGCCUGAUAUAUCCAGAGACUCAGACUGACCUUGAGCGUGAUACACGCGCAACAUUUGAGACUGUCAUGGACGCCUUGCUCAGAUUCUGGAGCGUGGAGCUGGCGCGAGCCGAAAAGUUUCUUGAUAGCCCGGAAUGGGAAACAGGUGAUUUUGGGGCAAAUAGACCUUCGCUACGAGAGGUCGUAAAUGCUCUUGAGCAAAUCGGAAUGCCUAAACGAAUGAACCAAGAAUAA